AUGUUUGACUCGAUAAAUAGAAAGAUAAUCAUUGUCAUGUUAUUUGUUUUCCUCUCACUUUUCUUCAUGAGCUCAAGUGCUAGAAUAUCACAACGGACCGAUCCACAAAAAAAUCUUCCAACAAGAAACAACCAAAAUGUACCAGAAGGACCCAAUUCUAUACAUAAUCCAAUCACUGCAUGGACCGAUUCUCUACAAAAUAUUCAAGCAAGAAUCAACCACGAUGUACCGGAAGGACCUAGUCCAAUAGGUAAUCCAGUCGGAACAUGGACUGAUUCUCUACAAAAUAUUCAAGCAAGAAUCAACCACGAUGUACCAGAAGGACCUAGUCCAAUAGGUAAUCCAGUCGGAACAUGGACUGAUUCUCUACAAAAUAUUCAAGCAAGAAUCAACCACGAUGUACCGGAAGGACCUAGUCCAAUAGGUAAUCCAAUCGGAACAUGGACUGAUUCUCUACAAAAUAUUCAAGCAAGAACCAACCACGAUGUACCUGAAGGACCUAGUCCAAUAGGUAAUCCAGUUAGCACAUGGAUCGAUCCACAAAAAAAUCAUCCUGCAAGAAACAACCAAAAUGUACCAAGAGGACCAAAUUCUAUACCGAAUCCAGUCACUGCAUGGACUGAUUCUCUACAAAAUAUUCAAGCAAGAAUCAACCACGAUGUACCGGAAGGACCUAGUCCAAUAGGUAAUCCAGUCGGAACAUGGACUGAUUCUCUACAAAAUAUUCAAGGAAGAAUCAACCACGAUGUGCCGGAAGGACCCAGUCCAAUAGGUAAUCCAGUCAGCACAAAGAUCGAUCCUCUACAAAAUAACCGUGCAAGAGUCAAAGUUGAUUUUUUCCCAAAAUUUCAACCCCAUUAA